AUGGUUUAUUAUGGCUUAUCAUUUCCUGUGCUGAUAGAUCAACAAAGCAAGGUCAUGUCUCCAACUUCAUGGGUUAAGAAGUUAGUUCCAAUGAAAGGCCACAAGAAGGCCAGUGAAAGCCGGCUACUUCCUCUAACCGGCUCUUCUGCUAGAACCAGCCUAGAGAUGCAGGAAGUGGUUAUAGGUGCUGAUUUUCGAUGCAGCAAGUGUCAAAAGAGCGCAUGCCAGGUGAUAUCGGAUGUUGAUGAUGUGGAUUCCAUGGUGGUACAUCUUUUGGAUAAGAAGGUUACACUCACUUGUGAACCAGUCCGUAAAGGAUCUCUAAGAAAAAUCUCGGCCAUCUGCGGAAAACUAUCUCACAGAGCCUUAAGGACUGCAAGGUUUUAUACGCGUCACUGAUUCCGCCAAAAAAUCGUUUCUGAUAACGAAUUGCCCUAUGCAUGUAAAAAUACCUAGUAUUUGUGUUUCCUAAACCCUUAAGUUAUGAUCAUUAUCUGUGAUGUUGGCUGAGGUGGUGUUACAAUAAAAAUAUCCUUAGGCCUAUCCUAAAUAAAGAGACACAUGUAAAGCAGGUCUCCGAUCAUACCUUUUCUUAAUCCUAAAUGGUAUGUAACAACUUAGGAUUCAUAUGUGAAUAUGGUACAUAUUAAAAAUAAGCUCGAAUACGGCUUCUCAUAA